AUGAAUCUUGAUGCCUUCUCACCUCUUGCUCCUGCACGCGUGAGAGCUCUUGUACUGCCUAUUGGUCCGGUCAAAACGUCCAGGUUCUCCGGUUUUGUACGGCGCUUACAGCGUGACAAUAUUGUACGGCUUGGAGAUGUCAGUCCUGAUGGCAGGCCCAACAGGAGUAAGCCCGCUAUGUUCUCACCUCUCGCCUUUCCAGAUGGUCUCGUGUAUUACGACCUAUCAGCUUCGUUUCCCUCCCCACCCCAUCUCGACCUGGUGCCCUUUGAAAUAUAUCGACUUCCCCUUCUCAUAAUAGGCAUUAUAGAUGGAGAUGAGUUGCCCUUGGAGCAGAUUGGCGACCCACAUGGUGCAGAUGAAGAUACCAAGGAGAAUGCCGAAUUGAUAGACGGACUGGUGGAAGAUCUAAGGCAGCUUCGAGAAGAGUACCCUCUGGCUCUGACGCACCAGAUAUUGAUCUUUGACUAUGCUGAGAAGCUGAAGGGACUACCUGAAGCCGUCGCUAUUGUUCCACCUGUUGCUAAAUCAAGAACGACUACUAUCAAGACCAUCAUGUGUGACAUGACCUCAAAUAUGCUUGCAGAAAUGGCACCAUAUGCCAAAUCCCUGCAGGACGGCAAUACCAUUGAGACUCCUAGAGCUGGGCCAUCUACACUCUCGAAUGGAAUCGUAUCUUCUGUACCGUCUCAUAUGCAUAGAACCAAUCGCCCAAUGUCCGUUACGGGGCGGCCACGCUCAGCUUCCCCAUCGACUGAUGCAAAACAACAUUAUCGCAUGUCCAUGCCAGCACACAUGCUCUCCAAUCCGGAGUUUCGGGCUUCGACUCCACAAAGUCGUUCAAGGUCACCCCCGGUACGCGCUCAAACUCCUCCAAGUGGAGGCGUGAAUACAAAUUCAGCUACUUCUCUACCACGGAAUUCGUUCGAUAAAUCAAGCAGACGAAGCGUUGAUGAGCGUGAGAAGACGAGAGGUAAAGCACGCGUAGGUGUUGUCGUUGGCGCAAUGUAUCUCCUUGCCGGGCGUUGGCCAGAUGCUACAAGAGAACUUUCCAACAGUGUAACAAAGGCAAGAUUAAGCAGCGACUACGCGUGGCAGGCAAAGGCUCUAGACUAUCUGGUGGUGUGUCUCUUGAUGUGCGCAUUUGCUGGAAUGGAUUUUCGCAUACCUAAUGUUUUGCGCCCAUCUUCUGAACACUUAAGUACCAGCUCUAGCAAAUCCUCUAAGCAUUCACCAUCCAACACUAUUGGUGGCGAUUCACUCCCCGCACAAUUGAGCGAUGAUGUGCUGCGCUAUCUUGUGACAGGCAGCGGUCAAUUACAGCCCAUGCUCACUCUGGGAUAUGACGGUAUCCUCCCAAAACCAGAAAUAGUCGGGCUUCUUUUGAAAGCAUAUCCUGGCUCAGCUUCUGAAUCAUCUCUAACCACGCCAGAUCGCAUGAUAGCAUUGGCUGCCAUCUCGGCUGUUCUUUCAGAUCUUGGCCAGUACAGAAAAAUGGCAUUGAUUUUGCGCGAUAUUGUUGUGACCUUGCUCCCUUCACUUAUUCAGGCGAGAAAGGACGGAGCCGCAGAAAUGGGCGUCCAUCCUGCGACCGACUUAGCUUCACUAAACGCCACAACUUCUUCCAGUCCAAGUGAUUCGACCCAUGAUAGCACGGAUCACGGCCUUCAAGCCUUCUUGGACCUUACAUGCCGGAAUUUUGGCAUUCUCCACCUGUCAGAACGUAAGGAGAAGACUGAACAUGACAAUACUACAAGGGAUCAUUCAUCAAGAUGUGACACAACGGAAGCAGUGGCUGCUAUUCUACGCCAAGCUCUUCUUAAUACCUAUGGACCAUCUCAACUGCAAGUCGACAUGCUGAGGGCGUGUAUAAAUGUUUGUGAGGCACUUCCAGAUCUUCCAGGCGUCCUUAAGCACACAACGAUGCUCUUACGAAUCACUAGUAGCUGUGUAGCACCAGCCCCUGGAAGUAGUAAUGGAUCCCCCAACCUAGCAAUCGAGGACCAGAUACGUCUUUCCAAUAAUCUCGCCCGUACCCUUGGCGCCGUGCAGCACCUUGGCCUGGAGGACGCAGAGGUAGAUUACUGGGACGAUUUCCUUGUACGAGGCAUAGAGCUGGCGGAAGCAAAUCAAGCUCAUCAGCUUACUUCACAUGCAAAAUCCGAGAUAGACUUGGUAGAAAGCAUAGAGGUGAAGAAAGAAAAGGAUCCAUUCAUUUUCAAUCCUUUCCUUAAGCCAAAGCAAACAGCGAAGUCGCUAGUCCUCGUGGCUGGAGAGGAGGCUGUAUUUCAGGUACUUCUGCAGAAUCUCUUCGACUUCGAAGUAAUUAUUGACGAAAUUGUCUUAAUCUCGGAUAUCGUACCCCUACAUUGUCGCCCUCAGACGGUGAUUCUUGGUCCCUACCGAACACAGACUAUGCUUGUGCCUGCGAUACCUCUCAAUCGCGGAACCUUGACGAUCUCAGGUUGCAGAGUCAAAAUUAGAGGCUGUCAAGACCGGACCUUCUCAACCUUCAGUGCGCCUUGGGCCCUCCAACCCGACGUAAAGGGCAGAAAUAUGCAGAUUCUUGAUCCAAAACACUCAUCGGACCCGUCGAAGAAGCACACGCAGAAUAGCAGAUCUAAAUCUAGCUGGCCGUAUGCAACCCCACAGGCGACUACCUUGUCCUUGAGGGUAAUAGAUAGUCAGCCGUUACUUAUUUGUAAAGCAUCAUCUCUGGCUCAGUCUGCUGUAGUACUACAAGACGGGGAAGUGAAGAGCUUGAGUUUCACGCUUUCUAAUGUCUCUCACACAGCGACUGCUGAUCUGGUUCUCAUCUCAUUCAUCGAUUCCGUGUCAACGGCAAUGCAGGAGAAGCUUGCGCUCAAGGACUUAUCAGCAGAAGCUCUAUACGAGCUUGAGUUGAGCAUAUCACAGAAAUCUGCCCUACGUUUACAUAAGUCGACUGAUUUGGGAAGUCUUCAAGUUGCGCCGGCAGAACAGAUGGCAUUGCAGGUUGAGAUAACGGGAAAGCCUGGUCUAUCCAGCGGCAUCAUGCAGGUAGACUACUGUUUUCUUGGGACUCAAAAGCCUGAUAACGACGAAAGGUUUUUCACGAGGCAGAUCAAGAUUCCCUUGACUGUGACCGUGGCCCCUAGUCUUGAGCUUAGAGGAAUUGAUCUCGUAAAGCUAGACGAGCCUCUUUGGCCGCGUAGCUUCUCUUCAUCGGGCGUCAUUGAAGAUCAAGCAAACCAUGCCCCUACUCUGGAUUCAUCUCAUUACAACGUGCCCAAGGUAUCAUCAAGCUUGUCCCAGUCAACCUGUCUAUUACUGCUUGACUUUCAUAAUCUUCAUUCCUCGACCCUUACUCUCGACUUGCAACAUCACUCCCCUACCAAUUCGACACAGGGAAGUCCCACCACAACGACAUGCCACUUCCACCCAAAUACUACAAUUCGCCUACCCAUCCGGAUACCUCGCAUUUUCUUGCAGAAUUCCAAGAUCCAUGCUGCAAUACCAUCUCUAAAUCCAGCAAAUCAACGACAAUAUGUCGUGUCUUCGACUGAUGCCUCCCCACAAGCAGAGCGCGAGGCCAGGGAAGGUUUCUGGUUUCGUGAAACCCUCUUGAAACAGCUCUCGGCAACAUGGAAAGAUGAGGUUACCGGGCGUAGUGGCUCUAUAGAUCUCCGUCAGAACUUCCAUGUUACACCUGACAUGAUUGCGGCGUACAGACUGCCUGAAAUAGAGAUCUCGAUGGACAUACAACUCGUACCUCAGCCAGCCUUUGGAGGGGACGAUAUAGAAGGAUCUCAGCAACUCUCGAGACUCGGCUCUGGCCUAUUCGAGAUCCCCACACAGACAUUCUUAAACCUCUCUACGACCGUCAAGAACCGUUCGGAAACAUCUAUAGCUCCCUCCAUUUUGCGACUGCAACCAAGCCUGUCAAAUCAACCACAGGAAACAGCACUAGACCUAGCUCAGAAGCUUUUUGUGAACGGAUUGUUGCAGCGAUCGUUACCGCCUAUACCUGCUGGCGGCGAAGUCCGUCAAGAAACAGGUUUUGUAGCUUUGGUAAAGGGCGUCUACGAGUGGGGUGCUAGCAUUGAAGAAAUAUCAUCAGAUAAUGGAAUAAGUCGAGAUGUAGGGAGUGGAGGGAGGAAAAGGGCAAAGACUGGUGAUCUUGACGUCUCGCUGGGAAGUGAAAGUAGGAGGAGUUGGGUUGCUGAGAUGCCUUGCACUAUUGUUACCAGAGAACACCACUGA